CAAACGGCACGCGCCUCCUGAACGAGUUCCUCUUUUCUGCAAACGCCAACUGAAAUUGGAUCAUUUCUGCCCAAUGAAAGAAAUUGAAAACGCCCUCAUUCCGGCGUGAACAAACUCAUUUAAAUCCAAACUUCAUAUUAGUGAAUAGUGCAAGGUUUUGCGACGAACUUUGUGGAUGAUACCCGUCCUGUUGGCGGUUAGACGCUGCGUAGCCCAGCUGCCGGAGUACGUGUGGCGCCCGUUUAUGGUCUGAAUUGGCCCGAGUGGAAAAGUACCGCAGCCGCAGAGGUGAGGCCUGUCAAAGCCUCCUCUGUUCACAGUCUGCUCUGCAACUAGUCAACGCUGGCUGGCCACUGUGUAAGCUGCCACAUUGCUCGCAGUGUUGCGAUUCAUUUUUUUUUUUUUUUAUAUAAUUUUAUGUCUUAGCUUUCUCCAAAAUCUUUGGUUUGGGACUUUGCAUGAUUUUACUAGAUUAAUUUUGUUUGCCUUUCUUUUUGAUUGCUUUAUUUUCCCAGAUAUAGAUCGUUUCUUUGAAGAAUGAUGGGUAUGGCGUUCUUUUUGCUCGCUUGUCAGUCUGCUUUCAUCAGCUCGCAGGAAUAAAGCAGACUCAGUAAGAUUUGCAUCCUCUUUCCAUCUGAGGGCAACGCAGGGGCAUUGCGCAACACCCUACCUGAACAUCGUUUCAGAACUUUGACCUUAGUACGUGGAGAUAAAAAGAGGUUUGACCCAGGUCUUGGAGAUAAAAAAUUGCACUUGUAUUUAAGACUCGGGAGAGAAGUGAGAAGAGGAGCCUUUGACACACGAGGAAAGCAGUACAGUACGUGACCAUUACCAUGUGGAGCACUUUGUGGUCAUUUCUGGUCAUUCUACAUGUUGCAUGUGGUCAGCGGAGCAUCCGGUGGUGCACCAUCUCGGACGCCGAGCAGAACAAAUGUCAAGCCAUGUCCCAGGCUUUUGCCCAAGUCUCCAUCCGGCCAACGCUCAGCUGCGUCCGUGGAACCACAGUGGAGAACUGCGUGCAGAAGCUCCAGGGAAAUGAGGCUGAUGCUUUGUCCAUGUUUGCCACUGACAUCUACAAACUGAGCAAAAGUGCCUCCUUCAAGAUAGCAGGCGGUGAAACAAAGGCCGAUCGUACCGGAGCGUCUUACUUUGCAGUCGCUGUUGUGAAAAAGGCCAAUUCUAGCAUCAACAUCAAUAACUUGCAAGGGAAAAGGAGCUGCCACACUGGCAAAGGCCGAACAGCUGGCUGGAACAUGCCCAUUGGACACUUCAUUGACCAGGGCUAUAUAUCAGUAAUGGGCUGUGAAAUCACAAAGGGUGUGGCGCGGUUUUUCAGUGGCAGUUGUGUUCCGGGAGCAAAUGGUGCUGGCGAUCCUCCAUCUCUGUGCCGGCAGUGUAAGGGUGAUGAAAACGGAAACCACAAAUGUGAAGCGAGCAACAAUGAGCUAUAUUACAGCUAUGAAGGCGCUUUCAGGUGCCUGGCUGAAGGUGCAGGAGACGUGGCCUUUAUCAAACACACAACAGUUGAAGACAAUACGGACGGUCAUGGCCCCAUUUGGGCACAAAAGUUGAAGUCAGCAGACUAUGAGCUAUUGUGUCGCGAUGGCAGAAGACUUCCUGUCAGUGAAUGGAAGGCGUGCAAUCUGGUCCGUGUCCCAUUUCGAGGCAUUGUGGUCGGCAAUCAUGUGACCCCAUCCGUUGUGUUUAACAUGCUGACCGAGGGACUGAAGUCUGGAUUCAACAUGUUUUCCUCCAAGCCUUUUGGAGCAGGAACAUUGCUCUUCUCUGAGUCUUCCAUCACGUUUCAGAGCGCAGCAUAUGAUGACCCUAAGAAGUGGAUGGGUCAGCUCUAUCACAACGCCAUGAGUGCCAUGGAUUGUAAACCUCUAGAAAACACUUUACGGUGGUGUGUGCUGUCCUCGGGCGAGCAGCAGAAAUGCGCUGCGAUGGGUAGUGCCUUUCAAAGCAAAGGGCUUACUCCGACUGUCAACUGCAUCUAUGGGGACUCUGUGACCGACUGCAUGGAGAAAAUAAAGAACAAUAAGGCUGAUGCCAUCACUCUGGAUGGAGGCUAUAUCUACACAGCUGGCAAAGACUAUGGCUUGAUUCCUGCUACUGGAGAGAGCUAUACAGGGGAUCGGGAUGGCUCCAGUUAUUACGCAGUUGCAGUGGUGAGAAAGACUAGCUACGACAUCAGAAGUCUUGAUGACCUGAAAGGCCUUCGCUCCUGUCAUACGGGAUACGGUCGUACGGCUGGCUGGAAUGUUCCUGUAUCCACCUUGAUAGAGAAAGGCCUGAUAACCACUCAGAACUGUCAUAUACCACAAGCGGUGGGCGGGUUCUUUAAGGAGAGUUGUGUUCCAGGUGCAAAUCAGCCCGGUUUCCCGAGCAACCUGUGUGGCUUGUGUGUAGGCGAUGCCUCAGGGCAGAACAAAUGUGAAAAGGGAAAGGACCUGUACGAUGGAUACGACGGUGCCUUCAGGUGUCUGGCAACUGGAGAUGGAGAUGUGGCUUUUAUCAAGCAUUCUACUGUAUUCAAAAAUACUGAUGGGAACUCUACUGAAAUUUGGGCAACAGAUCUCCUGUCCAAAGACUUCCAGCUGCUCUGUCCCCAGGCUACCAAAGCUGAGGUCACGCAGUAUAGAUACUGCCACCUGGCUCGCGUCCCCUCCCAUGCUGUAAUGGUACGGCCUGAAACCAAUAUCCACGCGGUCUAUGGACUCCUAGACAAUGCACAGACAUAUUUUGGCAGCGACACCGGCCCAGAGUUCCGGAUGUUCGACUCACAAGCAUACGACGGCACAGAUCUUCUCUUCAAAGACUCCACCGUACGUCUUGUGGGUGUGGCUGACAAGAAAACCUACCAGGAGUGGCUGGGCCACAAUUACUUGGAUUCGCUGACCAACAUGGAGUGUAGUGCAUCGUAUGCAGUGAUUUCCUCGCUGUGGUUGGUCACUGUAGCGCUGCUCUGCUCCAUGCUGACGAACAUCUAAAUGACAACUUCUUCUGCUGACCCCCCCCCUCCCCCUUCUGUUUUCAUCACCCCUCCAUUGCAUUUCCCUGGUUAAAUACGGAUACAUUUUCCCCCUGAUGUCAACUUUGAAAAUGCUUUUAAGGGGCAAAAACAUAAACGCUCACCUGGAGUUAUGAGAGAAGAUUGGAGUCUGUCACUAGCAAUUUGUAGCAGGUGAGCUGCCAUAUCUGAGCAUAUGCUGCCAUCUGUUACAUUCUCAAAGGUGGGUAGGUUUAACCUUUUCAUUUUUCCUCUAGUAGCUACAGGAACAUCACUAUUUAGCCCCAGAUAGGUCUAUUUUGAUCAACAUGACCAAAAAAAAUUAUCAAAUAACAUUCCUGCUAAACACAUUCUAUAUUUUCUCUGUUUUAUAAAUCUGCCAAUCUACAAUGAAAGGGCCUUUGCAGAUUUUCUUUGUUUUGUGACCUAUACCUCCUGUCAUUUGGUCUUUUUUACUUUGAAAUAUCAAUUUGAUGUGUAUUUUCUAAUAUCCAGAGAUUUAUUUUUAUAUGACGUUCAGAUGCCAUAUCAGUGUAUAUGUACUGACUCAUACUGUUGGAAAUUAGUACAUUCCUUUAACUGGACAGAGACCUUAUUUCACUAUGAAAUGAUAAAAAUGUAACUAUUUAGUUGCCAGGCCAGUGAGUCUGUACAGGUAUUAAAGCUGCUGUAUUCAGCUGUUUUGUUU